CUAUGGAAAUCCUUAUUAGAAUUAAAGUUCUAUUGAGCUUGUUGACCGUUAUAUUACUUUUAUAGACUGAUAUGUAGACAACAUGACUCAGAAUUCUCAGGGAUUUACAGUAAUCUGUGACAUGUUUGAUGGACUAACCAUUGACACAAAUGAUCAGCCUUUUAACAUAGAAGAAUCUUUAGAACAGAGACUUGCAGAUGCCAUUCCAAAAUGGAAACAGGAGGGAAUCCGUGGGUUAUGGAUGAAGAUUCACCUUCCUCAUUCCUCUGCUGUACCAGUCUGUAGCAAGUUAGGUUUUGAUUUCAAUCAUGCUCAGUCAGGCUAUGUAAUGAUGACAAAAUGGCUGCCAGACAAUGAAGAGAACAAACUACCUGAAUACGCAAAUCAGUACUUAGGUGUGGCGGGGUUUGUCCUGAAUGAGGAGGGGGAGCUGUUGGUGAUCAGAGAGAGGUACAGUGUAAUCAGGUCCAAGCCUUGGAAGUUACCUGGAGGACUGGCUGAUAAAGGGGAGGAUUUGGCGGAGACGUCCAGAAGGGAGGUCCUGGAGGAGACGGGGAUCCAGGCCGAGUUUGUGUCCGUGCUUGGCUUCCGUCAUCAGCACAACUUCCGCUUUGGUUGCUCUGACUGGUACUUUGUCUGUCUGAUGAAAGCAGUUACCACGGAAAUCAAACAUUGUCCUCAGGAAAUCGCAGAAUGUAAAUGGAUAUCUGUUGAUGAAUACAUAGCUGACCCAAAUCUGACAGCUGCCAACAGGUUCUUUGCAGAGUGUUACCUCAAUCACCAGAAAAAUGGCAAUCGGACCAUAUCCCCCUCACUGGUGGAUUCAUGGAACAAGAAGUUUAAAAACAAUAUUUACAGUAUUCAACCUGUACCAAAGGACUUUCUACAGAGUGGUGCUCAUUAACAUCUGUGAGGGAAUGGAAUAGACUGAUUCAGACUGUGAUAAUUAAAGAAUGCAAACUUUUUAAUUUUGUGAAAUUUAUUUUUCACUUGGGCAAAAUAAUCAAUCAGCUUCAUUCAAACUUUAUUACAAAACAAUGAGAGGAAGAAAACCAAGAGAAUGAGAGAAAUCCAGGGAAUCAUUGACAAGAUAGGAAAACUGUGGUUCUAUAGGCUGCAGGAUGUACUAACAUCUAGUCCACUCGCUAAACUUCCUAAACAGUAAUUAAAAUCACAACAAAUGGCAAAAACGAAGUCAAUAGAUUUAGAAGUAUUAGGCUGCUUUAAUUGAUUUUUUUUUCUCAAUAAGAUUCAGAAUGUUAAUAAUGUUUUAUUUUACAAUUUUAUAUUUUUAUUUCUCAGAAAUAAAUAUCAUAGUUAA